AUGGCUCGGACAAAGCAGACCGCCCGUAAGUCCACAGGUGGGAAAGCACCGAGGAAGCAGCUGGCAACUAAGGCUGCCCGCAAGAGCGCCCCUGCCACCGGCGGUGUGAAAAAGCCUCACCGCUACCGGCCAGGCACGGUGGCUUUGCGGGAGAUCCGGCGCUAUCAGAAGUCCACCGAACUGCUGAUCCGAAAACUGCCUUUCCAGCGCCUGGUGCGUGAGAUCGCCCAAGAUUUCAAGACCGACCUGCGCUUCCAAAGCUCGGCUGUUAUGGCUCUCCAGGAAGCCAGCGAGGCUUACCUGGUGGGUCUCUUCGAAGACACCAACCUGUGCGCCAUCCACGCCAAGCGCGUCACCAUCAUGCCCAAAGACAUUCAGCUUGCCAGGCGCAUCCGUGGAGAAAGAGCUUAAGGCAGCUUCGUUCGCCGCUGCUCUCGGUGCCUACUCAAAUAAUA